AUGGCCACUAAGGUCUCCACAAAGUUUGAAUUCACCAAUCUUAACUGCGAGACAUUGAAUAAAUCCUACGCCGAAUUUGAAUACUGCUAUCUCAAGUCCAUAAAUCGAACUUACAAAUAUUUGUCAGUUAAAGUAAACUUAUUAAAGAAGCCUAUUGGAAAAGUAAAGAUUUCAUGCAAAUUUGAAUACACGAAUGUUAAGUGCACAUCCUUGGAUGAAAAAUUCGUUGGCUUUGAGUAUUGCUAUAUAAAGUCAGUGAAUCGGAGCUAUAAAUACCUCUUCAUAAAAGCGAACUUAUUCAAAACGCCCAUUACUAAGAUUAAAGUCACUGGAAUAGUAUUUAAAAAGUUUAAUGGUUACCGGCCCUUCAUGUACAAUAUUACUGUGGAUUUUUGCAGACUUUUGAGUGGUGCUCAAAUAAAUCCUUUUGCUGUUUACGCGUAUAAUUUGAUUAAGACACAUUCUAAUAUUAAUCAUACGUGUCCGUUUGAUCACGAUUUUUUAGUAGAAAAGCUUGAUGCCAACUUUGUUAAUCAUCAUGUUACAAAAGUUCUACCUGUUCCAGAGGGCGAUUACCUAAUUGAAAGUCGUUGGAACAUUAAUGAUAUAAAUCGAGCUAUUGUAAAAGCGUAUGGAACUAUAACAUAA